UACGGUGGAGGUUGCCGACGUCGACUAGAUAUUUCACAGUUGCACAGUCAGCUGCCUAAGGUCCGGUCGGCUAGUCGCAGCCGCAAGCAAAGCUUUUCUCCACAAGGUAGACGCGCGUGUGUGUAACAACCACCAGGCAUCAUCAUGGCGGACGAUGAGAGGAAGCGCAUCGAGGAUGAAAAGAAGAGGAAACAGGCGGAGACCGAAAGAAAGAGGGCGGAGGUCCGCGCCCGUCUCGAAGAGGCUUCCAAAGCCAAGAAGGCGAAGAAGGGUUUCAUGACCCCUGACAGGAAGAAGAAGCUUAGGUUGCUGUUGCGUAAGAAAGCCGCCGAGGAAUUGAAGAAGGAACAGGAGAGAAAAGCAGCCGAGAGAAGACGCAUCAUCGAGGAGCGUUGUGGAAAACCGAAGAACGUCGACGAUGCCAACGAAGAGACCGUAAAGCGCGUGCUGCGCGAGUACCACAAUAGGAUCACGGCGUUGGAGGAUAAAAAAUUUGACAUCGAGUAUGUUGUUAAGAAGAAGGAUUUCGAGAUCUCGGACUUGAACAGCCAGGUCAACGAUCUCCGAGGUAAAUUCAUGAAGCCAACCUUGAAGAAAGUAUCCAAGUACGAGAACAAAUUCGCCAAGCUCCAAAAGAAAGCCGCCGAGUUCAAUUUCCGUAAUCAGCUGAAACAAGUCAAGAAGAAGGAAUUCACCUUGGAAGAGGAAGAUAAGGAGCCCAAGAAGUCCGAGAAGGCAGAAUGGCAGACCAAGAAGUAGAGAUUUAAUAUAAGAAAUUAAAAAAAAAAAAAAAAAAAGUUUGAGUGCGAAAUGUCGAUAAAACAAAAACACAGAUUAUCACGACACAACAAAAAAAACUUAUAAAAAUCGAAAAAGUCCAAACACACACCUAUACACACAUCUCAAAACACAAUCGCGAUCACUACACACACACAUACACACUCGAUACACUACACGGCUCGAUCGCGAUUUCGCGCGCGCGCGAAAAUAAGCCGUGCGCGAAAAGGUACACUGGAAAAAAAAAAAAAAAACAAUACUUAAAAUGCGUGUGAGCGUGUAGAACCACUUUUGAUACGAUACCGUUUCUAUCGACGUCUCGUGUGUUCACCGGCGCGCGUUUUCGCACAUGUCACGUUCGUUUAAAUUGUUGGCAAACUAGUUCGUUAGCGUUGCGGAACAAAUUAACGAGUAAGGACUGAAAAUUGCGCGCGAACAAUCCUCCGAGAGUUAGACGAUAUAUUUGAUUUAUAUGUGUAUUUCCCUACACUUUCGGAAACCAGACAGAGUCAAAACGAGCGACACACACAGAGAAAGAGAAGCUGACUCUACGUAAAUAUUCAUGUUACAACUGUUACAUAUACAUAUAAAAAAGCGAUAAGUUGUGGCACAAUAAACAAUUGAAGAAAGCGUA